CCCCUUUUUUCAUCCCCCAUUAACUCCACUCUUUCCGCCGUUCCCCCGAAGAACCCGCGUUACGUCAGAAAGUGCACGACAGGCAAGGCAGCGUCCGAGGAGCUAUUCGUAGACAUUGCUCGGGGCUGCUCACGAGCACACUGCAGCCAAUGCAAUAUACAAUGCUGGCACUUUUACGCGCAAAACAGAGCAGGAGAGUAAACGGGAUACAGACUGAUUUACUGGUUUGAAAAAAAAAAAAAAAAAACACCAUGACAUGAUGAUGCAACAGAGAUUUUUGACACACGGAUGUUUUUGCAUUUUUAAAGUUUGAUUCUCUCCAGAUCUGGAAAACAAACAACAUGCCCCACGCUCGAAAUAGGAACCCCAGUCCCAUCCCGGAGGUAACAUGGGACACGGGACUGAAAGAGAUGAACGAGACGUGGAAAGGCGCUAUAGCUUGUCUGGGGGUGGCUGUUUUCUUUGUAAUGACCAUCGGGAUAAUUUACUGGCAAGUGGUGGACCAGCCCAACAAGAACUGGAUUCUCAGGGGGACCUUCAGCGGACUGAUCUGGGAGAGGAGAACCCACUCGCUGGUCAUACAAACUCUGACAGAGGACAGGACCUACGUGGAGAUAGACGUGGGGAACGUGGGGAGCCCCGACAUCGAGGUUCCCUUUGUGAGGAACCUGUGCUGGCUUAAUAAAACCGAGUUUUGCUACACCUGGGACUCGGUGGCCGAGGUGAAGAUCUCGCUGGAGGUGAACGAGGAUGCAGAGACGGAGUGCUACAGCAUGGCUUGGACGCCGGUGCACUGUCAUGUGGAACUGAAGGAGUGCUUCUCCAUGGCCAAUGUCUCCUGGUAUGGCGGUGCGAGUGUCCAGGGCCAGACCUGGCCCAUUAAUGAUCAGAACAUCCCAAUGCAGCCGUACAUUAUCAGCGAUCUGAAGGACACUCCCUCUGGAUACGGUUCUCCACUUGAACGCUACUUCCUGGGUUCAUCGGGAGUCACUGUGCUUGUAUCCCCUGAUAUCCCCUUGCAGCUCAGGGUGGACAGCGGACAGCAGUUCUGCUUGAAGUCGAUGCCUAGUAUGGAGCGCCUUCCUCUCCAGUACACUGUGUGUGUGGCCCACAAUGUUAAAGCUGCUCACCAGGAAGCCACGCAACAACUCUCUAAGCUCAGCAGAGAGCUGCCAAACAUGAAGACGUUGUGGCUCCCCUUCUGGAAGUUCCUCACCAAUGUGGAUACGGGGCCGAAAGUGGAGAGGGAACUAAGAACCUUCUCUAAUCGUCUGAGGAGACACCAGCUGGGGGAGGGAGUCAUCAGCCUCAAUGAACAUUCCACCAACCUACUUUCAGAAAUGGACCAUGACUACCUCAACAGCAGGAAAAGGGGGAUGUCCAAGAGACUGACCAGGGACCUCCCACUUGUCAAGCUUCUUAACAUUUCCAUCACCCUGUCCCCUUUCCUGGGCGUGGACACCACGCAGUUCCACACCUCCCUCACUGACGGCAGAGAGGACUUCUGGCUCAGUCUUCCCUCAGCUACUCAGGGGAAGCUGAUCCCUGUGAUGAGCCAGUGGCGAGGAAAGUUCUGUGUAAAGCUGAAUCUCACUAACCCAGUCGCCGUGAGCUGGUUCCUGGACAGGGUGGAGUCCCUGCAGGCCCAUUUAGGGAUGGAGUACAUCGUGCUAGAGGGGGGAGAGGGGAAUCUGUUCGAGGAGCAGGCCCUGCAACCACCACUGGCCCUGAGUGGAGAUAAAUACAUUGAACUUCUGGCUGACUUGGCCACCAGCAUAGGAGACUCCACCAUCAUGACAGCAGGAACCAGGUCAAGCCACAAGCCUCUGUUUGUAAAGAUGGCACCCCUGCAGUCUGACUGGAGUCAAAUGGGUUUGAAGGCAAUCAUUCCCUCCUUGUUGCACCAUGCAUUGGUGGGAUACAAUUUCCUCAUACCAGAUGCAGUAGGAGGAUCUCUGUCUGGAGACCUGGUCACAGAUAGGGAGCUGUUCAUUCGGUGGUUGGAGAUAGCAGCCUUUCUUCCUGUUAUCAGCUUCCAUACGUCACCCUGGGUCUUCAGCCAGGACCAGGUAUUGAACCUGACCCGGAUUUAUAUCACAAAGCACCAGAGGGAUGUGGUUCCACUGAUAGAGAAGUAUGCAGAGGAGUGGCAGUUGACAGGAAACCCCAUCUACCGACCCUUGUGGUGGCUCAGUCCCAGUGACCCCGUGACUUUUACAACUGAUGACCAGUUUCUCAUUGGAGACGAGGUCCUGGUGGCACCAGUGUUGGAGAAGGGGGCAGUCCAGAGGGAUAUUUAUUUACCAGAUGGGGGCUUUCAGUGGCAAGACAGCCGAAGUGAGCAGGUGUUUGAUGGCGGGACGUUUCUUCAAGAUUACCCAGUACCUCUGGAGGAGGUGGCUGUUUUCUUACGGAGAAGCUGAGUCCUGACUGAUCCCCUUAGACACCCAACUGUUACUGUUUUGAAUCAAAUUCUUAAAAAAUAUUUUUCUGAAAGUGUUUUGAUCUCAACUUGCACUUUUCCAUUAAAGACCAUUAACAUUGUCUCAAGGUCUGACUUGAGAUAUGUAGAAAUACUUUUUUUUUUUUAUACCUGCACUUUAAAGUUUGAAAUUGUUGCAUUCUUCUCUUUGUGACAUUUUUUCUUCCUUUUUAAUGUUAAUGGGUUUUACCUCCUGGCUGAUUUUCCGGGCUUUUAUUUUUUUUAUUCAAUCAUCUAUCUUCUGUGUAUAGUUCCUGAGAGAUCUGUGUGUUUACAUACUGCCUUUUAACAGUCUUUAAAUUUUUAGUUGCUGCUGGCUCUUUCCUUCAAGAGGAACAAAGCAUUGUCGGCUUAAAAGAAUCUCUCAAGAAGACCAAAUAAAGAAAUGGAAAAAUACAGGAAGACUUUUGAAAGAGCUGUUUUCGAUGGAACGGCUUAGUAUAAGAAAAUUGGGUCACACAAAAAAAGCGACGUUUUAACACUGUGGUAUCGAAGGACUUGCUCACUCAUUGGAAAAAGGCUUUUACUUGAACCUGAAGAGCUGAGGGGCUGGUGUUUUAUGAAUGUACCUCAGAUUUUUGAUGCUCAAUGCUUUUGUAAUGUUACAACAGUCCAUCACCAACUAGCAUGUUUUCAAUGAAUAGAUCAACUAAGUAAAUAGAACUCUGUUGGACAUCCUUAGUACUGUAUUCCCAUGAACUUGAGGCCAAGACACUGUUGUUUGAACUGUGCAUAUUUCUGCAUUUAGAUCAGAUUUUACCUUCUUAUUAACUUACUGUAUCAGGAGAUUCCUCUUUUGACCGUCUGACAGAUGUCACGAAGAAAUUAUCUUUUAUGAGAGCCAAGUUAAGGUAUAAAACUAAGGAUGGACACCUACCACAUGAACAAGUGAUGCAUGGCAUUUGGGGAAACAUGUUUUCUUGGUUAGUUUCUGCAAACUGAAGUGGAUAUUUAAAGCUUAAAUGGCAGGUUUUUGUGACAUAAUACUAAAAUGAAUAAUCUUACUUUUUUUCUAUAUUUAAUGUGACAUUUGCUUUUUGCAGUUCAACUGAAACCCAAACAAAUCUGCAAGAGCUUGUUUGUAUAAGUGUGCAUGACCUUGAAUGAAUACAUAAAAAGAACAAGGGACAACAGUGACAUUACAAAAACUAGAUCUUUAUUCAAAAUUUCAGAGAAGAGACAGAAACUCGAUAGAGCCAAACAUAAACUUUUGGUCAAAAUUCCAAAAGGUAAGUUUGGCACAAAAACUCUUUCCAGAGUUCAAAACUUAAUCUAACAUUAAAUCUGUUUGAUCACCUGAAGGACCAUGAUCAAAGAAUAUCCUAACAAUCUGACAGAUUUGAAGAUCAUUGCCAGACAAAGUGAAAAAAUAUUAACAAGUCAAGAUGUGGCACGCUGUCAGAAACCUACCAAAGAAGACUGAAUGCUAAAAUUGAAAUAAAAAAAAUGUUAUGACAAGGUAUUAAUUUAUGGGUGAGCAUGCUUAUGCAGCCAAGUUAUUGUACCUUUGUUUUCUUCUAACAGAUUUGCAUUUGUUUAUGUUGAAUUAUAAGGAUAUGUUCCAUUAUAUGUAGGAAAAGAGAUGAAAUAAUCUAUCAUUGUCGUAUUUUUACAUACAUAAAAACUGGCUUUUUACCAAGGUUGUGGACACUUUUGAGAUCCACUGUAGGUGCCCAUAUUCACAAGUUAUCAACAACAAUUAACUGUAUAAUUCUGGUGGGAAAUUAAGUGUAUUGUUUUGCAAGAGCUAAACAAAUAUUUUGUUGGUAAAUCCCUGGAAAGUAGUUACUAGGAUACUUGUCACAAAAUGUAGCGUAUGUGUUUUUGUCCUCAUACGUACAGUAUCGUGACCUAGAAGGUCCUUUAGACGGUCUGCAUUCACAUCCGUUACCUUCUUUGGUUUGGUAGCCUAUUAUGAUUCUGAAUUACUUCUCUGAUAAGAUUUAUGUUUAAAUUCAAAAUUUGCUCAGAAAAAAAAAGAUUUUUCAGCCCAUAAUGGAUUGUUGUGGUUACUGUAUAUAUAGAUCGGGAAGGUUUUUCUUAACUGAUAUGCUCUCUGCAAAACAAUCUUAACUGGCCAGCAGUGAUAUUACAGACUUUGUGUCUCCAUAUAAAAUAACUGAACAGAUACCAAUACUGUAUCAGUUAAUACACUCAGGUCUAAUGAAGCUUAUCAGUUCACCAAAUGUCUUAGUGCAGCGUAGCAUGUUGUGAUCACACUGAUGUCUUAAUUUCUCAAAGAGCAGAAUGUACAAUGUGCACACAGGGAUUUUCCACAGCCCCUCUGGUGAGCAGUUCUUUCAGUUCCUAUGAGAACACGUAAAAGAAUGUAUUUGCUCUUUUUUAAAUGUAUUUUGCAGGAAAAGCUUUUACAUGGUAUUCCUUUCAAAUGGAGCGAACCAGAUGCCUUGUUAAUGUGUCAAGCUUAAAUUCACACUAAGACGUGUUUCUGGAUUAUUGCAGUAUUAGCAAUGAGAGUAUGAUUGUACCAUUAAAUGUUUUUUUUUUCUGUAAAUUGGGGAUUGUAGAAUGAAACAAUAAAGUUUACAUUUUCUUA